GGCAUGUCAUCGUGAAUGGGCAUCUUCUGCAGCGCCGUCAGCGAAGGGUUAAAAGCUAAACUAGCUACCGCCCCCCUCCUCAGGCCAUCCGAAGGAAAGUUCCUGGUUCGAACGUCUCAGAAUAUAGGUGUGCUUAUUUUCCCCUCUGGGACAGCUCCAAAAGAAACGGAAACUUUGAGAGAGGAACCGCUACGUCUGCAAGCGAGCCCCAGCAUGUUUUAACUGCGAUUCCAAGAAUGCGGGCCAGUAACAACGGGGCCCAAAGCCCUCCGUCGAACACGAGGACCACUACCCCCUCGACCACAAAUGCCAUCAUCAACACCCACCAGCACCACAACAACAACAACAACAACAACAGCAGCAGCAGCGGCAGCAGGAGUGCGGCGGGCAGCAACACAGAGAACUCGGGGUCCCAGUAUGCCAUGUGUGCCCUGGGGGUGGGCCUGGUGGCGCUGGGCAUCGUCAUGAUCGUCUGGAGCGUGGUGCCCGCCGACGGAGGUGGAGAUGGAGGUGACGGUGGGAGACUGGACAACCGCAACAAGGUGUCGUCGGUGGCGUUCGUGCUGGUGGGCUCGGGGGUGGUCAUGCUGCUGCUGUCCCUGUGCCUGGGGGUCCGCAACAAGCAGCGGGAGCAGCGGGGGCUCCGAGACGCCGAGGCGGGCAGGCAGGCGGGCAGGCAGGCGGGCGCGGCCGGCGGCCCGCGGGAAGACGCUGAAACGGCGGAGGAGCACGCCCGGCGGUUCGCCGUGCCCAGCUACGAAGAGGUGGUGGGCAGUGGCCAGUACCCCAUCCGCCAGAGCAAUCACCGCCAGAGCACCACCCAGCUGCCCUCCUACGAGGACCUGGUGGACCGGGCGGACGGCUUACAGUUUGAGAACGAGGUCACGGACGGCGUGGGCGUCGCCGGGGGAGACCCCGCCUCGACAACCGCCGCCGCCGCCGCCACCCCCACCGAGGGCGUGGCGCCCAACCGCAGAGCCGGGAAGGCCGCGCGGAAACUCCUCAACAACAAGAUCCGCAGGAUUAAGUCUGAGAAGCUUCACUUGAAGGACGUGGACGGCGGCCAGCCGCCGGCGCGGUUCAGCAUCGAGCCGCUGACGCCUCCGCCGCAGUACGAGGACAAGGUGCCGCCCAUUUAGCGGCGUGCGUCGAGAGGGGUCCGACACACCCCGGACCAUGUGUGUGGAGGGGGGGGAGAUCCCCUGCAAAGGCCCCUUUUGGAGGAACACCUGGGCCAUGUUACGAUGCAGUGACGGAAUACAAGUCCGUCUGGCCGUGUCCGAAACUUCACCGUCCGAUCGCGGCCUUAAGAGCCCUGAUGAAGUGAGGGCGUGGAAUGGUAUAUUUUUGGACACUUCGGGAUCCAAUGGAUUAAUCCCACAGCCCCUGUCUUCAUGCAGAAGGUUAACAGCCAAAUACUGUUGUUUUCUAUACCCACGUGUGGUUCACACUCUCCUAAAGCCUGGAGUUAUUCCUAUAUGUUUGUGCGUGUACUCACUACUUUGGCCUUAGUGGCGUUUCCUUAGUAGAGUAGAGUAGUAGUGAAGGAGUUGGUGCUGAAUCAAGAACUCAUUAUUCAUUUCACCUUUUUAAUAUGGGAAGCAGAACUACAAGAGGCAUGGUAAUAUAAAUACAUUAAAUAAUGAAUGAAUGAAUAAAUAAAUACAUCAAUUAUGGAUAUUAGUAUUUCACAUGGGAACUUGCGGUUGGACCCAUAAGGGGGAGAGAGAGACUGCCUUUUGUAUUGCUGAACCACGUUCCACUCGGAGUUGUGAGGCAGGCUGGAAGUAAGCCAGGGCCUGGCGAAAAGUCGGAAGGCCGUCCCGUCGUCAUGGGGAAGGGGGCGGGGCCACAAAGAAGGCACUGUUGUCUCGGCUCUUGUCUCAUGCUGUUUCCCUCUUCAAGAUGAGCAAUGAAAUCCUUUCCUUUUUUUUUUUUUUGCAGCGAGCAGCUGUAUCAGGGAUCAUGGGCUUUAUCUCGCUCCCUCUCCCUCACCCCACCACAUUCCCAAGCCGGCUUGAGUCACAGAGUGGUUUGUUUUAUCCCCAGCAUGCUAGGAGUGAAUGAGGGCCGGCCAGGAAGAGUCAUGCUCCCCCGGGGAGAAUUCAAGCUAACACUAUCACAUUCAUGGCGGCCUAUAGUCCUAGUGAACAGCCAAGAGAGUCAGUCCGAGUUGUGUGCUGUUAUAUGGAAUGAAUAAGUUGUCUGUGAGUCACGCCGAUAGUUCUCAGGUGUGUUCUUUUGUGGAACAAUGGGGACUUUCUCCUAAUCCCCAUUGGAUGGGGGGUUUCCUAGUUUGGGUGGAAAUUCACUGCCUGUGAUGCAUUGCAUUGUCCUUGUGAAUUAUUUUGUGUGGUCAAAAGUGACCAAACAGGUUUUUAAGAACCAUACCGGCAAUACUUUUUUUUUUUUUUUUGUCAAACCUGAAUCAGUUUUUUAUCCAGUUCGAUUGGUCUGUGUACCUCAUUUUCAAGGAGACAGAUGUGAACACUUUUAUAAUAAUUUUGUACCAAGUAGAAUGAUUAAAUAUUGUUUCUCUGCAGCCAAAAUGUAUCCAUUGUUUAAAUUAAUACUUGUGUUAACAUGUAAAGUGUCUCCAUGUAUCGUCCAUUUUGAGGGGACUUCCCUCAUGUUUCUAAAAAUGAUGUGAGAAUAGAUUUGUAUGGAAAGGAAUUCUCAGUAGUUGAAGGUUAUGUGUUUAAAAAAGUAAGCAUCGGAUUUUUUUUUUUGUCCAUAAAUUAAAUACUUCUAAAUAAUCCAA